CUCCCCAUGUUGACGCUAUUCUGCGGCAGAGGCGGACGGCAGCAGUUGGCUGAUGUCUUGUCCUUGUCCGGGCGCCAUGGCUGAACACUUCUCGCUGUCAGAUUGUGAUGUUAUCGGUUUCGAUUUGGAUCAUACCCUGUGCCGGUACAACGUGAGCGACACCUUCGCGCUGAUAUAUGACAGCUUUGCUCAGUUCUUAGUUGAACAGAGAGGCUAUGAUCGGGAACUUAUGACUUUGACUCCUGACUGUUGGGACUUCUGUUUCAAAGGCUUGCUUUUGGACUUGGAAGAUGGAAACUUACUGAAGCUGGGUGAAGAUGGGACAGUUCUGAGGGCUAGUCAUGGCACUAGACUUUUGACAGGAGAAGAAAUAUUGGAAACCUAUGGAAAGAAGAGAAAGUGGAAACACUUCAAAACUAUCAAUGGAACAUUUGCACGUUCAGGCAAAUAUCAUUUCUAUGAUAAUUAUUUUGACCUGCCAGGAGCUUUGCUGUGUGCUCGUGUAGUGGAUAUUUUAGAUCAGAAUAGAACUGUGAAGAAAUAUGAAUUCUGGAAGGAUGUGAUUGCUUCCAUAGAAUACAAUUACAAAGCAACUGCCUUCAAAGAAGACUCUGGAAUAUAUUUUCCAUCAGUGAAAAAAGAUCCAGGAAAAUACUUACUGCGUUGCUCUGAGUCAGUGAAAGAUUGGCUGAGGAAACUGAAGAAUGCUGGGAAAGUGCUGCUGUUAAUUACCAGCUCCCACAGUGACUACUGCCGACUGCUCUGUGAACACAUUCUUGGAGAAGACUUUGAGGAAAUAUUUGAUAUCAUAAUCACAAACGCUUUGAAGCCAGGUUUCUUUACUCAAAUACCACAACAAAGACCCUUUCGAACACUUGUUAAUGAUGAGGAAAGGGAGCCACUUCCCUCGUUAGAACAACCUGGCUGGUACUCACAAGGUAACUGGAGCCAUCUUAAUGAACUACUGAAAAAGAUAACUGGAAAAUCAGACCCAAAGGUUGUUUACUUUGGUGACAGUAUGCGCUCGGAUAUAUUUCCUGCUCACAGCUACAAUAAUUGUGAAACAGUCCUCGUGCUGGAAGAACUAGAAGUUGAAGCCAGCCAACAAGUUACAACAGACAGAAAGGACUCUGAGCCAUUAGAGAAGAAAGGAAAAUAUGAAAGCAAGAGGCAGAAGAUGUGGCCAGUCGUGUCAGAACAGUGGGGCUCCUAUUUUGUGGAUGGUGUCACAGGACUGGAGGGUGAAGGUGAAACCCAGGUGCACACAUGGUGCACCAGCAACAUUAACACAUACAGCACCAUUGCCAUUCCCAGCCUGCAGGCUAUAGCAGACUUGUCACUUGACCACAAGUUCCCCAGGUUUUGUCCAGAUAAACCAAGUUUCAUAGGUUAUUAUCCGAGGCCUCCUGCAGCCCUUGUUCCAAGACCUAGUGAGCCAAUAACACAAGAAUAAGCAUGCAAAAGCUGUUAACUCAGCCUGUGAAGAAAAGCAAGAUCCUCUGCGAAGCAACACAUGUUUUGUCUCUAGUGUGGCUACUGUGCGUUACCUCCGUAAAAGAAGUUUCUGUACUGUUUAAGUGCAUUUAGAAUCAGCUAUGCUGAUUGUUUUAUUUUUGAAAAAGCUGUUAUAUCUUCAUUUUUUAAAAAGAAAAAUUCCUCUUUCCGUGUUAUUGGUUCUAAGGAUAGCAUUAAUCGGUCUAAAUAUAGUCUAGGCCUGCUGAUUGUAAAAAUGGUGGAAGUCAUUCCAUUUAAUACAGGGGCUACUGUGUUAAUGAAGAAUGUUUGAUGAUCCGCGUUUUUGUUUUAAAGGGGAAAAAACGUCAGAAGAACAGUGCAUCAUUUUGAUCACAAUAAAGUCACACCCAAGUAGUGUAAUAACGUGUUUCAAUGUGAUUUAUUUGAUCAUGUAUGUUUAAUAAGAUUUUUAAAAAUGUUUACCAUAUGCUUUUUCAUGAAGUGAACAAGCAAAAUUCUACAGACUACUUGUACUUAUAUACAUUGCAACCAAACUGAUGUCUUAGAAAUUAUGACCAAUGGACCAUAAUCCAACUGAGCUGUGUCCACUGGAUUAUCUAUUUAGAAACCUGCUACACUGUUGUAAUGCCAGUACAAAAUAAGCAUCUCACUUUAAACACAGUUAUGAUGUUGAGGAUGAGAAAUUUAUUUUGCCGAUUCUAUCCUAUAGAUGACAGAACUCUUAAAUCAGCAAAAAUCAAUUGAGUGCUAAUUAUUGAAUUUCCCAACAUGAUUGCUGAGGAUGAUCUGUAAUCUGUUAUGACAUGGCAUCUUCAACCUUACAGGCAUGGGAAAUAACAGUAGUGUUAAAAGGCAAAGUCAACACAAAAGAAUUGUUUUGUGCAAAGUAAAAACAAGUUUGAGAAUGUUGGUUUUCAACAUUACUGAAAGUAUUUUUCAAUAUUUAGUGAAUAGAUCUGCCAAACAGUUGAUUAAAUUGAAAUUAUAGUAUUUGUAGCAACAUUUUGCCUUCUACAGUUGUUGGAUGCAUAUAUUGUUUUCUGCUUCACUUUUGAGUAACUACAUAUGUCUGGACAUGUUCAACAACAAAUUGUAGAUCCUAUUCUAAUCUCAAUGUACUUUGUUAAAGUGAUGUGGGCUGUUUAUCAAUCAAUAAUAUGUAAACAUCAGCUUCAUCUUUGGUUUUGUACCUUAAAAUAAAAAGCUACCAAAAAAAAGGUGUUCCAUAACUCAAUA